AUGACGCUGCAAUUGCUACGUGCUGUGAAUAAUUUAUUUGCAUUUCGUUUUCAAAAUUGUAGUAGUCAUCGUAAUCUAAGUCGCCAUUACAAGUUAUUACGUAGCGGAUACCGUUAUUCGGAGUGGGGACCCGGACGUGCGAGGGGGGUGCGUAUCAACGGUGCGGGUGCGGUUGUAGAGCGAGUUUACUCUGUCAGUCGGUCAUUACGGUAUUUCUCAGUAGUGCGUCCCACAUUCACGAUCUUGAAAGAAAGAGUGACAAUGCCAGAACACAAACCGUUUCAACGUUUACCAAAAAAUGUUGUGCCCAAACAUUAUGAACUGCAUUUGGUGCCAAAUCUUGAAAAAUUUACAUUUACAGGGAAGACUACGGUGAAAGUAUCGAUUGUUAAUACUACCAAAGAAAUAGUGCUUAACAGUUUAGAUUUGGAUUUAAAAAGUGUGAGACUCCAAAUCAAUGAUGGGGGUUCAGUUUCAACACUUAAUCCGGUGGAAGUACGACUGGAACCGGCUGAUGAAACUGCAAUCAUAGUUUUUGACAAGCAGCUGCCAGUUGGUGAAGCAACUCUAUAUUGUGAGUUUAUUGGGGAAAUAAAUGAUAAAAUGAAGGGCCUGUACCGUAGCAAAUAUCUUACUCCUAGCGGAGAAGAGCGCUUCGCUGCUGUUACUCAAUUUGAAGCGACUGAUGCACGGCGAUGUUUCCCCUGCUGGGACGAACCCGCUAUAAAGGCAACGUUCGAUAUUACUCUUGAAGUACCGACCGAUCGCGUAGCUUUGUCAAAUAUGCCUGUUAAAGUUGAAAAGGUGAAUGGUGAUAAAAAAGUAAUGCAAUUUGACACAACACCGAUAAUGUCUACAUACCUUGUAGCCGUUGUUGUGGGGGAGUAUGAUUAUGUUGAAAAAACAUCUCGCGAUGGAGUGUUAGUCCGUGUGUAUACUCCAGUUGGCAAGAGCAAGCAAGGCAUGUUUGCAUUAGAGGUAGCCGCAAAAGUACUGCCAUAUUACAAAGAAUACUUUGAUAUUGCUUAUCCUCUACCUAAGAUAGAUUUGAUAGCAAUAGCUGAUUUCUCUGCUGGUGCCAUGGAGAACUGGGGUCUGGUCACCUAUAGGGAGACAUGCUUGCUAGUUGAUGAGGAACACACAUCAGCAGUGCGUAGACAAUGGAUUGCGCUUGUAGUGGGACACGAGCUUGCACACCAGUGGUUUGGCAACCUAGUCACAAUGGAAUGGUGGACACAUCUCUGGUUGAACGAAGGCUACGCUUCAUUUGUUGAAUUUCUUUGUGUUAACCAUUUGUUCCCCGAAUAUGAUAUUUGGACACAAUUUGUUACAGAAACAUACAUAAGAGCACUCGAAUUAGAUUGUUUAAAAAACUCUCAUCCCAUUGAAGUACCAGUUGGUCACCCGUCAGAGAUAGAUGAAAUUUUUGAUGACAUUUCAUACAACAAAGGUGCAUCAGUAAUUCGCAUGUUGCAUAGAUACAUUGGGGAUGAUGAUUUCCGUAAAGGCAUGAAUAUAUAUCUUACUAGACACCAGUACAAAAAUACAUUUACUGAAGACCUUUGGGCAGCUUUGGAGGAGGCCUCUAAUAAGCCUGUAGGUGCUGUGAUGUCAACUUGGACCAAACAAAUGGGUUUCCCGAUGGUUGAAGUCAGUUCCGAGCAGCGUGGCAAUGAUCGUGUUUUGAAGUUAACACAGAAGAAGUUCUGCGCUGAUGGCAGUCAGAGCGACGACGCUUUAUGGAUGGUGCCCAUCACUAUAUCCACUCAGGAACAACCUUCGAAGACGGCACUGCUUAUGACGUUGGACGAACAAUCUGAACUGGCGGACUGUACGGGCGGCGUUAUUAAAACUUGGAAACAAUCCACGUCACUUUUUACAGUCGAAGUCGGAAACACUGUGAAGAAUAAUAAGACUGACAAUGUUGCAUUAUCAACUGUUUUGGAGAAACGAACACAGGAGGUAGUUUUGGAAAAUGUUGCUGAAGAUUCGUGGGUCAAGCUCAAUCCUGGAACAGUGGGUUAUUACCGUACCCGUUACCCGGCCGCCAUGUUGGAGCAAUUGGUGCGUGCUGUGAGGGACGGCAGUCUGCCGCCGCUCGACAGGCUCGGCCUACUGGAUGACUGUUUCGCACUCGUUCAGGCUGGACACGCACACACAUCCGAGUCGUUAAAACUGAUGGAGGCGUUCAACAACGAAGCUAAUUUCACUGUUUGGUCAUCUAUUUCCAACUGCCUCGCCAAGUUGAGCGCUUUGUUUUCACACACCCCGCUCGACAAGCCGCUAAAGAACUAUGGCAGGAAGUUAUUUGCUAACGUCACUCGUCGCCUGGGAUGGGACGCCAAAGAUAAGGAGAGCCAUCUCGACACUCUGCUCAGAAGCUUAGUGUUGAAUAAAAUGAUCAGCUUCGAAGACCCUGACACGAUCAAGGAGGCUCAGAGCCGGUUCGAGAAGCACCUGUCUGGCGAGUGUACUCUACCAGCGGACCUCCGCUCGGCGUGUUACCGCGCGGUGUUGGCGAGCGCCGGCGAGGACACGUUCGGCCGCUUCCUGCAGCUGUACCGCGCCGCCGACCUCCACGAGGAAAAGGACCGCAUCAGCCGAGCUCUUGGAGCGGUCAAUGACCCCGCCCUGCUCAAAAAAGUGCUGGAGUUCGCUAUAUCUGACGAGGUGAGGGCACAGGACACCGUCUUCGUCAUCGUGUCGGUGGCUUUGAGCCGUAAUGGACGAGAUUUAGCCUGGCAGUUCUUCAAGGACCACUGGCAAGAAUUCAUGGACCGUUACCAGGGCGGCUUCUUGCUGGCUCGGCUGGUGAAGUCUACUACUGAAAAUUUUGCGUCUGAAGCAUGCGCUCAAGAGAUCGAGGAGUUCUUCCGCACCCAUCACUCGCCCGGUACUGAGCGCCUUAUCACUGAUAUGUGCAAGUAA